AUGUUGAAGAUUUUCAAAGAAAAGGGAUUUUCCCAGGCAAUAGCAGGAGGAGUGGGGCUUUUUUCGGAUGGAUAUCUGAAUGGGGUUUCGGGGAGUUUGACGACAAUUAUAGGGAAUAUCUACCCGAAUGAAUAUACAACACAGAAGAAAUCGCUUUUGAACUCGAUGAUUUUUCUUGGAAAUGUUCUUGGAAUGUUAGUUUUCGGAUAUGCGUGUGAUAAAUCAGGGCGAAAGUAUUCGUUGAUAGUUGCAAGUAUCUUUCUGGUGGUAUUUUCUAUUAUGUCAGCGGCUGCAUAUUACAAAGGAACGAAUGAAGGGGUCAUUAACACACUGAUCAUCUAUCGAUUUCUUCUUGGUGUGGGUAUUGGUGGAGAAUAUCCAGCUGGAUCGACAACCAUUAGCGAAGGUGCACAGGAAAUGAGUGGGAAGCACAAGCACUCUAUGUUCAUUUUCCUGACCGACUUUAUGAUCUGUAUGGGAUUCGUCGUAGCCGGGUUUAUGUCGUUUUUGCUGACAAGCGCCCUUGGGGAGAGUCGUCAGUCGGUAAUAUGGCGUUUGUUACUUGCUAUUGGCUCAAUUUGCCCACUUGCUCUGCUCAUUGUGCGUUUCCGUAUGGGUGAACCAGAAUCGUACCGGACAUAUGCCAUGAAAAGCGUUCGUAUCCCUUAUAAGUUUGUUAUUAAGAGAUAUUGGAAAAGGUUGUUUUUUAUAUCAUUGGGUUGGUUCAUGUACAAUUUUACAUCAUAUUCCUUUGGUAUUUACUUUGCGCCGGUUCUCCAGUCAAUUAAUAAAGAUAUGCCACUUAAUCGGAUAUUUGGUUGGACAACACUCAUUUAUCUCUUUUACUUACCUGGUUCGUUUUUCGGUGCUAUUUUGACUGAUUAUGUUGAGCCAAAAAAUGUUUUCGCUAUUGGUGUUUUUGUUCAGGGUGUUAUUGGGUUCAUAAUGGCAGGCAAUUAUGCAACAUUGAAAGAUAAUGUCCCCCUGUUCGUUCUACUUUACGGGCUUUUUAUGACGUUUGCCGAAUUUGGUCCAGGAGAUAACAUCGGCAAUAUUUCAGCAAAAGCCGCUGCCACUCCUGUUCGAGGUCAUUUUUACGGCAUUGCAGCUGCUUGCGGCAAAACUGGUGCAUUUCUUGGUAGUUAUGUUUUUAGCUAUAUUGUUCAGAAAUUCGGGGGUUAUGGCACUGUAAGCGGAAGUAGAGGCCCAUUUUUUAUCGGAAGCUCUGUAGUCAUACUUUCUGGCUUUGUUUCUUUAUUCUUUUUCCCAAAACUUUCUCAAGAUUGUGUUCGUGAGGAAAAUGAACACUUUAAAAUCUGGCUUGAAGAACAGGGUUUUGAUACAGAGAAAAUGGGUAUUAUCUAUAAUACUCAGCCUCAAAAUCUUCAAGAACCCGCUGAAAUUUCUGAAAAAGCUUAA